AUGCAUUCCUUGGACACCCUGGCUAUCCUAGCCCUCCUCCUCACCACCAGCCUCGCCCAACAAACCCGCACAGUCUUCCAGUUCCCCAAACCCACCUGGCUCGAAAACAUCGCCACAACCCGCACUGGCCACCUGCUCACCGGUGUACUCAACAAAGCCCCCGCUGAACUACACAUCGUCGACCCCUUCGGCACUUACGAGGCCUCAUCAGCAAACGCAACACUCCUCCACUCCUUCCCUGGCGUCAACACCGUCUUCGGAAUUUCAGAAUACGCCCCCGACCUCUUCGCCGUCGCAACAGGGGACUACAGCCCGUCCACUGGCGCAACGAAAGGCACCUAUGCCGUGUGGACCGUCGACAUUUCACGUCCCGAUGACACGAAAGUCCACAAGAUCGCAGAUCUGCCCAACAUUGAAGUGAUAAACGGCCUUGCCGCCCUUAACAAGGACGCCAUCCUCCUCGCCGACAGCUUCGCCGGCACAGUAGUGCGGCUGGAUGUUAAGACUGGGCGCUCACACACUGUCAUCAAUGAUGGUAGCACUGCGUUCGCGGCACCGCUUGGCGUCAAUGGUCUGAAGGUGUUGCAUGCUACGAAUCCGCCGACAUUGUACUAUACAAAUUCGGGACUGAACGCUACGUUCAGCGCUCCUAUUCAUCCUACCACAGGCAAGCUUGAUGGCAAUGUGAGCAUGCUUGCGAGCAAUGAGAGUGUGCCCGACGACCUUGCUGUUACGGAUGACGAGACGAUGUUCUUUGCGAAGCCAUACGCAGGAACACUGACCCGAGCCAAAGCCGGCGAAAAAGCUGUUGUCGUCGCUGGGUCGGUGGGGAGUCUGGAGCUUGGAGGCGUAACGAGCGCGACGUUGGGUAGGAGUUAUAAGGACAGGGGUGUGGUGUAUGUGGCUACGAUGGGUGGAUUCAAUGCGGAUGGGAGUUAUGCUGAGGGUGGGAAGAUUGUCGCGGUUGAGGUUGGGAAUUGA